CUCGGAUGACGUCACUGCGUUAUGGACUUUUGGGCGAUGCAAAAAUGCUUGGUAAUUUGUAAAUAAGUCAAAUUUCAAGAAGUGUAGUUACUCUAGUGUCUCGUUUUGCACUCUGGUUUUACCACGAUUGCUUCGAUAUGUCCGAGGUUUUGCUUUAUCGUUUGCGAAUGAAUCGCGAAGUUGUCCUUAUUGAUUUAGAGGCACCAAAUGUCCUUGAUUAUUUGUACCAAGAAGACGUUUUAGACUUCGAUAACUACGAAGAAGUGAGAGACACUAAGCCACGGAAAAAACAGGCCGAAUUACUGUUGGAAUUUGUGGAAAAGGGUGGACACGCAGCUAUUACCAAAUUUAUCUAUGCUUUGGAGCAUUCUUCUCAACGACAUUUAGCCCGUAUCCUUCUUACAAAAAUCCCAAACGAAGAUGAACUAUGCCGAGGUAUUCACAAUGAAAUUGAUGAAAAAGAGGCAACAUACUAUCCCAUGAAUCGUAGGCCAUGUGGCUAUGCUGUCAUAAUCAACAUAUGCGAAUUUGAUAAAGUAACCAAACUGGAAACACGAGAGGGCUCAAACAUUGAUGUUCAAAGAAUGAAGUCAUUAUUCGAGUGGCUGCGAUUUAAGGUUGAAAUAUAUAUUAAUCAAACUGCUGAUGAAAUCAUGCAGAUCAUUCGUUAUUAUCGGUUAGAUUUUGAUCACAGAAACUUUGAUUGUUUUUCAUUGUUCUUGAUGAGCCAUGGUUUUAAUACACGAAAUGGUGAUGGCAUUUUUAGCAGGGAUGGUAAACAUGUCUACCUUAAGAACAUCAGAGAAAAUUUUACUUCUGCCAAAUGUCAUAGUCUUAGCAACAAGCCAAAGCUGUUUUUUGUGCAGGCUUGUCGAGGAAAUGCACCAGAUGAGCCAUAUGUUGUCACUGAUGCUCCAAGUCAUCAGACCUCAAUGAUCGCUCCAAUUCCUGCAUUGGAUAGUCAUUCAUAUGCAUCCACCACAUCUACUCGUUUUGACAAUGAUCCAGUCCCACCAAACAGAGCUAGGACUUUGCUUGAUCAUCCUGGUACAUCCACCACAAAUACCUCCUUGACAACAUCAGUUGAUAAUAAACUAGGCUACACUGGUCAGUGCAUACCUCUUGAUGCUGAUUUUUUUGUUGCCCACGCAUCAACCGAGAACUUUGCUGCAAUGAGAAAUACCUUAACAGGUGGGUGGUUUGUCAGUCAGUUGGACAGGGUGAUUCGCGAGUAUGCUACCAAAGAAGAUCUACAAGAUAUGCUUACUAGGGUAAUUCGAAAUGUUGCAACCAGGCAAUCUGACGAAGGAGUGCAAUGCCCACAAUUUAGUUCAAAUCUGCGCAAGAAAGUAAAAUUCAAUCCAGUUAUUAUCUAAAAAUCGAAAGCUGCAAUAUGCGCCAUUGUAGUUUCUCAUUCUUUCUUGAUACAAGCGACAUUCAGAAAAAAUUGAAGGGUUAGUUUAUGAUUAAGAAAAUAAACGUGUAUUCAGACAGAGUUGUUUAGUGGUAUUUUCAUUGAAUAAAAUGUUGUUCAUUUUGACAAA